AGCAGCACCACAAAUGAAUUGAAGUCAUUCAGCCUGGAGUGAAGUCACCCUGAUAUCAGUUCAUGUCUGACAUAUCCAGAAAUUAGACUGGAAAGGCAUCAUGAGGAACCAAACAUCUGUGACUGAAUUCCUCUUGCUUGGUCUCUCCAAGAGCCUAAAGGUCCGUCCCUUAUUGUUUGGGCUUUUUUCUGUGGCCUACACCAUCACUCUGGUGGGCAACUCAAUCAUUCUGAUGCUCAUCUGGCUGGACUCGCGACUCCACACUCCCAUGUAUUUCUUCCUGAGCCAUCUUGCCUGUGUGGACAUCUGCUAUACUUCCAGCACAGUCCCCCAGAUGCUGGUCAACCUCCAGAGCCCAAGACAAACCAUCUCAUUGGUUGGCUGUGCAAUUCAGAUGCAUGUUUUUCUGACCUUGGCUAUUACUGAGUGUAUCCUCCUUGCAGUGAUGGCAUAUGAUAGGUAUGUGGCAAUAUGCCACCCACUGCACUACACAGUCCUCAUGAACAAAAGAGUAUGCAUGAAACUAGCCAUGGCAACCUGGAUUAUUGGCCUUUUAUUGCCAGUAAUACAUACUGUUCUCACUUGGCGGUUGCCAUUUUGUGGUCCCAAUUUAGUUGAUCACUUUUUCUGUGAAAUGCCAGCAUUGCUGAAGUUGGCAUGUGCCAAUACCAAAAUCGUUGAAAAGGUAACUUCCGUGGGGUGCAUUUUCACAUUACUUAUCCCCAUCUCCUUUAUCAUGAUGACUUACAUCCGCAUCCUAGCUUCCAUAUUGAAAAUCCAAUCUGUACAAGGCCAGCACAAAGCUUUCUCCACAUGUGCCUCCCAUAUGACUGUAGUGGUGUUUUUCUAUGGCAGUGCCAUAUUUAUGUACAUGAGACCCAAGUCUAGCCACUCCGCAGACCAGGACAAAAUAGUCUCUCUCUUCUAUAGCAUUGUCACCCCCAUGUUCAAUCCCAUGAUAUAUAGUCUGAGGAACAAGGAAGUAAUAGGGGCCUUGAUAAAAAUGCUGCAACAGUGCAAGCUUUACUGGGAAGCUGCUAUGGGGAACCAAACAUCUGUGACUGAAUUUCUCUUGCUUGGUCUCUCCAAGAGCCUAAAGGUCCAUCCCUUAUUGUUCGGGCUUUUUUCUGUGGCCUACACCAUCACUCUAGUGGGCAACUCAAUCAUUCUGAUGCUCAUCUGGCUGGACUCGCGACUCCACACUCCCAUGUAUUUCUUCCUGAGCCAUCUUGCCUGUGUGGACAUCUGCUAUACUUCCAGCACAGUCCCCCAGAUGCUGGUCAACCUCCAGAGCCCAAGACAAACCAUCUCAUUAGCCGGCUGUGUUGUACAGAUGUAUGUCUUCCUAGCCUUAGCCACAACUGAGUGUAUCCUCCUUGCAGUGAUGGCAUAUGAUAGGUAUGUGGCAAUAUGCCACCCACUGCACUACACAGUCCUCAUGAACAAAAGAGUAUGCAUGAAACUAGCCAUGGCAACCUGGAUAAGUGGCCUUUUAUUACCAGUGGCACACACAGUCCUCACCUGGCAGUUGCCAUUCUGUGGUCCCAAUCUAAUUGAUCACUUUUUCUGUGAAAUGCCAGCAUUGCUGAAGUUGGCAUGUGCCAAUACCAAAAUCAUUGAAAAGGUAACUUCCGUGGGGUGCAUUUUCACCUUGCUUAUCCCCAUCUCCUUUAUCAUGAUGACUUACAUCCGUAUCCUGGCUUCCAUCUUGAAAAUCCAAUCUGCACAAGGGCAGCACAAAGCUUUCUCCACAUGUGCCUCCCAUAUGACUGUGGUGCUGCUUUUCUAUGGCAGCGCCAUAUUUAUGUACAUGAGACCCAAGUCUAGCCACUCCGCAGACCAGGACAAAAUGAUUUCUCUGUUUUAUAGUAUUGUCAUUCCCUUGUUUAAUCCAAUUAUAUACAGUCUGAAAAACAGAGAUGUGAAAGGGGCCUUGAUUAAAAUUCUGCCAGGGUGCAAAAGGCCUUGUUGA